AUGUGGCGAAAACUCUUGAAAUAUAGAGAUAAGGCAAAGGAUUUCCAUCGUGUGGAGGUGAAGAAUGGUCAAGCCUCCUCGUUCUGGUACGAUGCUUGGUCUGAUAUGGGUCGUCUAUUGGAUCUCACGGGAGCUAGAGGAUGUGUAGACAUGGAGAUUUCUCUGAAGGCAAGUGUUGCAAAUGCUGUUUCGCAACGGCCAAGGCGACAUCGAUCAGAUUUCUACACUAUGAUUGAGGAAGCAAUUUAUAAACAGCGUAGUAAGAUGAAAACAAGAGAGGAUGUUUCGGUAUGGAAGUUUACUGCGGACGUUUUCAAACCAAGGUUCAGCACCUGCAACACAUGGUUGCUUCUUAGAAGCCCUGCCCCUAUUGUUAGUUGGCAUUCCAGUGUCUGGUUCCUUCACACAACACCGAUCGAAGUAUGCCUUCAUGGCGUGGCUAGCAGUGCACAAUAG